AUGAAUGGCGACGUGGACCUUCUGCGGAUGGCCAUAGACCGCGGCGCUGACAUCGACACCAAAUUCACGCGGGCCCGAGGGACCGCCCUCGUGGCGGCCGCCGCCAUGGGCAACAUGGAGGUGGCGCGAACCUUGAUCGAAGCCGGAGCAAACGUGGACGCCAUGGACAAAGAUGGGUACAGCCCGUUUGCCCUCGCAGUGCUUAAUGGGGAUCUCGAAAUGGUGAUGAUGUUCCUGGACGCCGGGGCCACGCCCCGCCGCGUGGAGGGGUCUAAAUACGGUGACUAUGGUUAUGGUUAUGAUUACGAAUACGAUGACGAGAUGGGAGUAUACGAUUACGAGGAUGACGUAACGGUGCCGACACUGUCCUUAGUUUCGGACUACGUGGAAGACGUCAUGGGUGCUGAUGACGUCAGAUACGUCGAUGACGUCAGGAGCGUUGAUGAUGCGCCGGCGGUGGCUGGGAUGGCGGGGAGGCAGGGAGGCGAUAUGAUAUCGAGGGCCAUGGAGCUCAUUUCCUCCAUGACACCCGUGGAUAUGGUGACGAUGUUGGGAGAACCGAACCCUGAGGCCCCCGUUGUGGGCGGCGGCGUGCGCACAUGGAAGAUGCCGAGGGGCGCCAAUGCCGUCAGCGCAAUUGCCAAUGACGUCAGCGCCGACGGCGAGGGAGAGUGGGUGUCCGCAGAGCCUUGGACUGGAACUACGAUCCUGGAGGAUGAACUCCCCGCGAAGGCGGUAGAUCCGGAUAAGAUGCUCCUGAGGGCCGCCAGGCGCGGCAACUCCAAGAAGGUCCUCAAAGCCCUGCGCGCCGGCGCCGACGUCAACGCCGCCCACGGCAAGUUCGAGGAGACCCCCCUGCUGCUCGCCACGCAAAUGGGCCACGUGGACCUCGCCAGAAUUCUCAUAGAAGCUGGUGCAGACCUGGAGUCCGCGGACAGGGACGGUCUCACUCCCUUGACAACGGCCAUCUUCAUGAGGAACAUGAAAAUGGUGGAGAUGCUUCUGGAAGCCGGAGCAGACCCGAAAGGGGUGUCCGCGAGUUACACAUUUGCAGCUGACGACGGGGUGGACGAGGAUGAGGAUGAUGCGUACCAGUUCACGCCGCUGUUUGCCGCCGCGCAAGUGGGAGACGUCAGGAUCGUGCAGGCCUUGUUGGCCGCCGGCGCACAGCCAGAUCAGAGGGACGAGGGCCAGGACAGCGUGCUCUUUGGAGUCAUGUACAACGAGGGCCCGGCCGGAGAGAACGUGGCUCAGGCGCUGCUGGACGCCGGCGCCGAUCCCAACGCCCGGGGCGAGAAGAACAGGACGCCGCUGUUCUGGGCCGCGGAGCUGGGAAAUUUGGGCGUCGCCGAGGUGCUCCUGGACGCCGGGGCGGACCCGCUGGCCCGGGACGACGACGGCAUGACGGCGGCUGACGUCAUAUGUGCCUGCGAAGAUGACGAGGAGGAGUGGUACACGAUUUGCCUGCCGGGUGGGUGCCACGUGCAGGGCACCAGAGAGGAGCUGGAGGGCCUGCUGGCGAACGCGGCCGAAAUCGAGGUGGAGGUUUUUGACGCAGUUGAUGACGUAGCCGAUGGCGUUACUGAUGGCGUAACUGGUGGUGCGCACGAUGGGAAGGCGGAGAUGCCCGUGGACCAGAUGCCCAUGUUCCACGCCAUUCGUCGAUUCGUCGAGGGCGGGAGCGAAGAAGGGGAUAGCGAAGGGCCACGAGAGAAGGAAGGCGCUGCUUUGGUCAAGGCUGAGGAGAACAAGGUGGAGGAGAGUGGGGGCGCUGAUGGGCCAGACUGCCGCGUGGGCGGCUGCGGCGUGCCCGGCAAGGGGGACGAGUUGGCGAAGCUGCCAAUGGAGGUGAACUCGACCCUGGUUGAAAAUUUCGCGGUGUCUUCGGUGCCGGCGGUGGUGCACAAUUUGACGGCAGGCCUUGAUGCGGCGGCCUCCGGCAACCCCGCCGUGCCGGAGAACGAGCUCCAGGCCUGA